GCCAAUAGUUUUCGCUGCUUGUUUUAUAUUUGCACGAGCAAAACGAAAGUUAAGUUUAGUUCGCGAAAGAAUAAAGUAAAAGAGUAUUUUAUCAACCAGUAGUGUCGAAGCAUUUUUGCAUUAAAGUUUUUCGGGAGUGAUGGAUGAAGACAUUGUUGCUACUAUAUUGGAUUUAUACCAUAAAAAGGAUUGGAAAGCUAUCGUGGACACGUACCGCGACCAUCCAGACAGAAACAAGGUGCUCUGGGUAUACCCCACUGAGGAGAAUUUUAACUUUAUCGGCAAAUGUAUGCGAGAUUUAAAAUGUAAUGAAAUUUUAAGCAUUGGCUGUGGGUCCGGCCUGUUGGAGUGGAUGAUCAAAGAAGUCACAGGAAUCCAAGUGUCGGGUGUAGAAGUAGACGGAGUUUGGUGGCAGUGUAAAUAUGCCCCGCCCACUUUUAUACCUCUCCUUAUCACACAACCUACAUUAGACAAGGACAUGAUUAGUUUGCUGCAAAAAUGUCAGAAUGCAGCCUUACUCUUCUGUUAUUUUAAUAACAGAGAUGCAUUUAAUGAAUACUUAAAAUAUUUUACGGGUGGAACCCUCAUAAUUAUUGGACCCAGUGGUGAUAAAUAUGUACACACAGAUCCCAAGCCUUUUGGCGAUUUGGGCGCAGAGUGGUCAUUGUAUAGAUCUCAAGAAGUUGGACAAACUAAAGACUACAUAGCUGUGUACACCAGGAAAGAAGUUGUCACCUAAUUCAUUUUGUUUUAUUUG